AUGUUGACUUACCAAUACAAGCACACAUAUUAUCCUUUUUCAUUCAUAUUCAUUCUUCCUGUUUUUCUUUUCUCUCUCUUUAUUUUUUCUCUCUCUCUCUUUCUCUUUCUCUCUCUAUAUAUUAAUCUAUAUCUCUAUUUCUCUCUCUCUCUAUUUCUAUCUCUAUAUAUUUAUCUAUUUAUCUAUAUCUAUCUAUGUCACUGUCUUUCCUCCCCAUCUCUCUCUCUCUAUCUCUCUCUCUCUCUCUCUCUCUCUCAGAGAGAGAGAUCUUCUGGAUCACUUGAAUAUCUUUUCUUUCUUUUCUUUCUUUCUUUCUUUCUAUCUUUCUUCUUUUUCUUUUUCAUUAUAAUAAUCAUUCUUCUUCUGGAUCACUUGAAUAUCUUUCUUUCUUUCUUUCUUUCUUUCUUUCUAUCUUUCUUUCUUUCUUUUCAUUAUAAUAAUCAUUCUUCUUCUGGAUCACUUGAAUAUCUUUCUUUCUUUCUUUCUUUCUUUCUUUCUUUUCAUUAUAAUAAUCAUUCUGUCCAAAGUCUUCUGUAUCACUUGAAUACCUUUCUUUCUUUUCUUUCUUUCUUUCUUUCUUUCUUUCUUUCUUUCUUUCUUUUCAUUAUAAUAAUCAUUCUGUCCAAAAGUCUUUGUCUUCUGUAUCACUUGAAUACCUUUCUUUCUUUCUUUCUUUCUUUCUUUCUUUCUUUUCAUUAUAAUAAUCAUUCUGUCCAAAAUCUUCUGUAUCACUUGAAUACAUUUCUUUCUUUCUUUCUUUCUUUCUUUCUUUCUUUCUUAUUUAUUAUUUUUAAUGAAAAAUUUGACAAUUCUUACAUUUCUCUCUUUUCAAAGUCUUUUUUCUCAAGUCUUAUACAGCAUUAA